AUGUUUACCAAAAAUAAUAACAAUAAUACAGGAGAAUUACCAAAAUUUAAAAUUAAACGAGUCAACAAUAAUGAAAAUAACAAUACUCUUCAAAAAUUUUAUAAAAAAAACAAAAGCAGUGCAGUUGUUGGAUUACCAAAAUUUAAAAUUUCCAAAGAUUUUGAAAGAAUAGCAAGAUUUGCAAUAAUAACACACCUUAAUCUUAACAGAGGUGAAAUACUCACUAAUGAUAUGGGUCUUGGCAAAACGAUACAAAUGAUUGCUUUGAUAACUUCCAAAUCUGCAAUCAAUUUAGAUUUCACAUAUUCUAAAACUACUCUAAUUGUUACUCCUUUAAGUGUGCUUAAAAAUUGGAUUGACCAAAUCAACAUACAUGUUAAGAAAGGGUCUCUUUCUUAUUACGUUUUUCAUGGUAUUGAUCGAAAUAAUGAUCCAGAAUUCUUUAAAGAUCACGAUAUAAUAAUUACUACAUAUGCUAUUUUUGCACAAUCAGAUAUUAAAGAAAGGAGUGGAUUACUCGCUAUUAAAUGGCUUCAAGUUAUCUUAGAUGAAGGACAUAUUAUUUGUACAAAAUCAUUAAAACAAAGUAUUGCUGCAUUAUGUCUUCUUCCCAUUAAUUUCUAUACUCAUAAAAUUAAGUUUAAGAUGAACGAGAAAAAGAUUUAUGAUAAAAUGAAAAGUGAUACAAAAGAACAAUUUAAAAGUUGGAAAGAAUCAAGAAAUGGCGAUUUAAAAAAUAAUUAUGUAACAUUUCUUGAAAUGCUUUUUAGACUAAAACAAAUUUGUAAUUACACACAACUUCUUUGUAAGAGACAAAUAAAUCAAAUAAAUGGAAUUGAUAACAAAAAAGAAAUUAGAAAUUUAAAUAAUUUUAAGAUAAGUUCUAAAAUUGAAGCUUUAGUGGAAUUUUUAAAUUAA